AUGGUUGAGAAGGAAGAUUUGGGGUUGAGUUUGAGUCUUAGUGUUCCUCAAAAUCAACAUUCUCUGCAGUUGAAUCUCAUGCCUUCACUGGUUCCAUCCACCGCUUCUUCUUCUCUUUCUGGGUUCACUCCUCAAAAACCCUUAUGGAAUGUAACCUUCCCUUCUUCAGAUCCAAACUCUGAUUUAUUCCGGGCCGAGACAAGAUCGUUCCUUCGAGGAAUCGACGUGAACAGGUUACCAUCAACUGCUGAUUGUGAAGAGGAAGCCGGUGCAUCAUCUCCAAACAGCACGAUAUCGAGUAUAAGUGGAAAGAGAAGCGAAAGAGAAGGGAUUAAUGGAGAGGAGCAUGAGAUGGAGAGAGCUUCUUCUCGUGGAAUCAGUGAUGAAGAAGACGGCGAUACCUCUAGAAAGAAGCUCAGGCUCUCUAAAGAUCAGGCUGCUAUUCUUGAAGAGAGCUUUAAAGAACACAACACUCUCAACCCGAAGCAAAAAUCGGCUUUGGCUAAACAGCUAGGACUCAGACCUAGACAAGUAGAGGUGUGGUUUCAGAACAGAAGGGCAAGAACCAAGCUGAAGCAAACUGAGGUUGAUUGUGAGUUCUUGAAGAGAUGCUGUGAGAACCUAACGGACGAGAACAGGAGGUUGCAAAAGGAAGUUCAGGAGCUUAGAGCACUGAAACUUUCCCCACAGUUCUACAUGCAAAUGACCCCACCAACCACCCUCACCAUGUGCCCAUCGUGUGAGCGUGUUGGGGUUCCAUCAUCGACCGUUGAUGGUAGGCCGCACUCCCAUAUGGGUCCUGCCCAUCAUCAUAGGCCCACCCCCAUCAGCCCAUGGGCUCCAGCUGCUCCGAUCACUCGCGGACCGACGCCGUUUGAUGUUCUGCGUCCUCGAUCGUAA